AUGUCAAAAAUUCGGGUGGCUGCUGGGGACCCACCUGUAACUCUAUCCCCAAAUGACUGCAUGGUGAAAGGGUCAGACACACUUGAUACGGCGUCCGCGUCUCCCGGCGCUCAUGAUACUUCGAGCCCGGUGGUGCAUGCGAUAAGUAUACAAUCCGGGCUUAAAGUGAUCCCAAGUAUCUCCGUCAUCAGCGUCUAUACUCCAACUCUGUCGGCAAAUGACCGUGAUAAAGACAAGUUUUAUGCGGAACUUCAACUGCUAACAAAGUCUCUAUCGAAAUAUGACAUGAUCAUAAUCGGGGGAGACUGGAAUGCUCGCGUAGGUCAUAAUGCAGCUGCGAUAACCUCAACAAUUGGUAAAUAUGGCAUCGGAUACCGGUGUGCCAAUGGGGAACGUCUUCUUCGUUAUGCCGAAAAGCAUGAAAAGCACUUUUUGUUACUAAUACUUGCUUUCGGCAUCUAG